AUGUCAGAACAAUAAAACUUAAAGGAAGAGACAAAUAGGAACUUUGCAUUAGCUACUGCAAAAGUUGUUCCUAGAGGAUCAAAGGAGAUAUCUAAUAUAAUAGGAGAUCGUAGAUCUUCAUAUAAUAUUGAAGGUUAUGAUCAUGUUAUUGCAGAUGAGUAAUAGUCAAUCUAAAAAUAGAAAUACUGACAAGCAUAAUUAAGGAAUUCCAUUGAUAGAUAAAGCAGUAAUUGCAUUAGUUGUGUUAUUCACUCUAUUGGUGUUUAUCAAUUUUUCAUUCACAUGUAAAUAAAUUGAUUAAAUAAAUAGCUAAUGAUGCUAAAGAGGAUUCGAAUAUAGAAUAAACAUUAUUUAUUACUAAGAUUGUAGAACUAGUUAUACUUAUUCUAUUUGUCUUAGAAAUAUCAGUUAGAUGUUAUACAAAUGGGUUAAUUGUAAAUUAUUUUAUGUAAUCUUAGGUUUAUUUUUCAGAUUGCUGGUCAUUUUUUGAUGCUUUAAUAAUAAUAGCAUCUAUAGUAUUAAUUAUUUUGGAUUUAAAUCUAUAAGGAGAUGCAUUCACAACUAUAAGUAAAGUAUUGAGAGGUAUAUUCAGAUUUUUAAGAUUGUUUUUAGUGUUUCGUAAAGUAAAUAUUUUUACUAAUUAAAAAUAGUACAAUCAAGUUAAAAAAAUUAAUAAUGCAGGAUUAAGAUAUUCUGUAAGAUCCCCUGUUGAAAAAGUGAUUGAGAUUAUGCGUGAUUUAGCUGAUUAAUUUGAAGAUCCAGAUAUAAUAAAAUAAUUAAAUUGGGGAAUUACUCAUAUUUCAAAUAAUACAGUUUAUGAACCAAUAAUUGAAGGUCGUAAAAGUGAAGCUUUAGGUUGGUUAAAUUAACAUUAAAAUUAAUAAAUAAUUUCAUAGGAUUCUAAGCGUUCUGUAUCAAUUGAUAUAGUAUUUUCAAAUGAAACAAAUUUACCUGAAUCCUUAAGACAAGAUUUUUAGGAUAAUAUCCUAAAUUUAGAUUAUGAUUACUUCUCUUUAUUUAAAAAAUAUGAUAGUGCAAUCUUAACUCAUUUAAUGUGUUAUUAUUUUGAAAAAGAAUAGUUAUUUAGUAAUUUAAAGAUAUAUCCUGAUCAUUUUAAAAAAUGUAUAGAUUUAUUAGGGUCUAAUUAUCAUAAAGAGAAUCUAUAUCAUAAUGUAAUCCAUGCUUUUGAUGUCACUCAUACAGUAUAUUUUUUUAUAGAGAAAUGUAACUUUAAAGAGAUUGGAAAAUUAAGUAAAUUAGAUUAUUCAAUUUUAUUGUUAUCUGCAGCUGCUCAUGAUGUAGAUCAUCCAGGAUUAAAUAAUAUAUUUUUAAAUAAUACUAGACAUGAAUUAGCUAUGACAUAUAAUGAUAAAUCAUCAUUAGAAUAGCAUCAUGUUGCAACUCUAUUUAAAUAUUUAAGAGAUACUGAAUUACUUAAGAACUUUUCAUUAUAAGAUUUUAAAUAUUUUAGAGAGAAAUCCAUAAGUAUGAUUUUAAGUACUGAUAAUGCAAUGCAUGGAAAAGGUAUUUUUGAGAAGGAUUAAAUUAUUAGAUUUCAAUAAAUUAAAGGCAAGAUUGGCAUCUAAUGAUUUUGAUCCUGGAAAUAAAGACAAAGGUAUUUGCUUUGAUACUUUGCUUCAUGCUGCAGAUAUCAGCAAUCCUUUUAAACCAAUUAAAAAUUAUGAAUAAUGGACUUUUAGAGUCUUAGGAGAAUUCUGGCUAUAAGGAGAUAAAGAAAAAGAAUUAGGACUUCCAAUUACUAUGUUAUGUGAUAGAAGAACAACCAAUGUUGCUAAAAGUUAGAUUGGAUUUAUAGAUUUCAUGGUAAUUCUAAAUUUUAUAUCUUUUUAGGUAUUACCUUACUAUAAUACAUUAUAAUAAAUUAUUCCUUAGUUAGCUGAAUUUAUGGAAUAGAUUACAGAUAAUAAAAGAUAUUGGGCUGAAUAAAUUGAAUAAUAUUAAACAUUACUUAACACCUAAUGA